CAACCCCCGAGAUUGACUGUGGGCGGAGGCUCUGUAGUCUCUAAGCAAAGCUUCUCAUUCUUUUCUGGAAUCUGGAAUCUGAAAUCUGAAGUCUGAAAUCUGAAAUUGUUUCUCCCAAAUCUCGCCAUGACUGAUUCUCAUGCCAAAGCAGCUCUUCCCAGUACCAACUCCGGCGAAGGGAAGCCGGAAAACCAACUCGAACCGCAAAUGCAAAACCUCUCUUUCCCUACCUCGAACCUUCAACUUCAAAGAUUACCACACCUUACUGACUAUUUACCCAACCUUCCAACCUUCACUAACCCUUUAGACCACAACCAGUUCUACCACCCAUGCCAGGAGUUCUACAUCUCUCCCUCCGAUGUCGUUCUUCGUCACAUCUCCUUCGAUCUCUCCGACCCUGCGUCCUCCCCUCCCAUUGCCUACUACCGCGCUGGGCCCCGUAAGCAGAUCCUCUUCGAAUCUUCCACUGUUCGAGCGGCGAUCGUCACCUGCGGUGGACUCUGCCCUGGCCUGAAUACCGUCAUUAGGGAACUGGUGGUGGGAUUGUGGGACCUUUACGGUGUGCGUCAGAUUUUUGGUAUUUUGGCUGGUUACCGAGGAUUCUACUCCAUGGAACCCAUGCGACUUGAUCCCAAGCUUGUGGAUAGCUUGCAUAUGAGGGGCGGCACCUUCCUUGAGACCUCCAGAGGUGGUUUCGAUCUCCAGAAGAUCGUUGAUUCCAUCGAAUCUCGCCGAUUUAAUCAGGUCUACAUAAUAGGUGGAGAUGGCACUAUGCGCGGCGCUGUUGCGAUCUUUGAGGAGAUUCGUCGCCGGAAAUUGAAUGUAGCAGUUGCAGGGAUCCCCAAGACUGUUGACAAUGAUGUUGGAAUCAUAGACAGAUCGUUUGGAUUUCAAACAGCUGUGGAGACUGCCCAGCAAGCAAUACACGCCGCUCAUGUGGAGGCUGAGAGUGCUGUUAAUGGUAUUGGGUUGGUGAAGCUGAUGGGACGAAGUGCAGGUCACAUUGUCAUCCAUGCUACGUUAAGUAGCCGUGAUGUGGAUUGCUGUUUACUUCCAGAGUCUGAUUUCUACUUGGAAGGGAAGGGAGGCCUUUUUGAAUUCCUUGAGCAGAGACUGAAAGAGAAUGGACAUGCAGUGUUAGUAGUAGCUGAGGGGGCUGGGCAGGAUUUGAUACCGAGGACAGAUGCUCAGAAGGAAGAGAGAGACGAGUCUGGCAACCCAGUGUUCUUGGAUGUUGGAGUUUGGUUGAAGUCUGAGCUGAAUCAGUGGUGGAAGAGAGACCACGCCAGGGAGUUAUUCACGGUGAAGUACAUAGAUCCCACAUAUAUGAUACGUGCAGUCCCCGCGAAUGCUACAGAUAACUUAUAUUGCACACUUCUGGCUCACUCUGCAAUACAUGGGAUUAUGGCUGGUUACACUGGAUUCGUCGCCGGACCUAUUAAUGGCAUUUACGCAUAUAUUCCGGUGGUUGAGGUGGCAAAGGCAAAGAAUAUAGUUGAUUUGAAGGACCACAAGUGGGCAUGGGUUAGAUCCGUGACUAACCAGCCAGACUUUGUGAAGGACUAGAGAGGUUGUUCUACCUAUCUUUGAUCUACUGCACGGUCUAGGACGUAGCAAUUGUAUGCAGUCUUACCCUUACUUUACAGAGAGACUGUUUUCAUGUUUUGAACCCACAACUUGAUGGUUAUACUGGUGCAACUUAACCAUUGCACCAAGGCUAGUCCACUAUGACUUAAAUUCAAUCUUUUACAGAUA